AUGCUCACGAGAGUUAUAUUUUUAUUUCUCCUUCUCGGACGAGAAAGCAUUAGCACUGGGGACGAUUAUACGUCGACAGAAGACAACAUCGUGAUUGACGAACCUGACUGUGCUUCGACCUCGGCUGCUCCGGACCCCCAGUGCGCGAACUCUACGGUAGAAUCAGAGACGUUGACAGCAGAUGAUGUGAAGACUACGAUCCGUAAUGAUAGCCGACGGAUCUCUUGUGCAGCCCCACUGAACCCCUUCAACGAGGUGGUGAUUUUCAAUGCGAGUGCAGUAGCUGAUAUUCUCUCUGCCGCCCGUAAUGAGUGCACCUUGCUGAUUUUCUACUCUCCUCACUGUAUGUUCAGCGUACGUAGCUCCCCGUAUCUGAACGGAAUCGCCAGAUACUACCUGAACCUCUCAGUGGUCGCGAUUCAGAUCAAUGAGUCUUCGACGCUCAGCAUGAAGUACGGCAUCAUCGCAACACCGACGGUCCUUCUUCUGCACAAUCACCGAGCGAUAGCGAAAUUGAAUCACACCAAUGUUUCGCUCGAAGCACUAGGGAAUUUCAUCGAGAAGCAUACGGGGUUGCCGUUGGUUGAAAACAUGACUCUGACCGAUCUCGACUACCUGGGUCCACUGCCGACAAAGGUUGUUGAGCGAGCCGACUGGAUACUCUUUUCGGCAUGGGUUUUCACAAUUUGGUCGCUUCUAUGGUUCUUGCUGAGAUCGUCGUAUGCCCUGAGGGCGUACACUUGGUUCGCCACAACCUGGAAGGAAGCUCGAGAAGCUGAACAGGCUGCUAGACCACAUCAAGAUUAG